UGAUUAGUAUUGUUGAAUGUCGUGUUCAAUGUGUUGUGGGAAUUCCCUUUUACUGUUGUAAAUGUUUUGCCGGGAUAUGUUCUAACCUUGGAUUUUCGUUAUAAUCAGGAAAGUGGAAUUUAUUCCAGCGAGUAUUGCUUCGAACGUUACCCACUAUAAUUCUAUUCCGCGAUCACUCUAUUCAAUAUUCCGUUACCGGAUUGAUCAGUUACCAUAUACCUUCAACCGCACAGUAUUAUAAACUUUAUCAUUAAAGAUACAUUUUAUAACCAUUAUCCGCGCACGUGUUAUCCUAUCAUCGUGGUUAGCGAAUUUAGUGGAGUUCAAUUUGUGGCGUUAACGGCACACCAAAGCAGCGUAGCUCUUAGAAGAAUUUGGGAGUUACAUUAGUUCGAAUUUAGUUCGAAUUCUACUCGUUUGCAUCGUCAGAAUCAACGCUCUAUUGUGCUUCAACAGUAAUAGUAUCCCGCUAGCCUUGUGUGCGGCGCGUUGUAAACUGGUUCAAAUCUCAUCACGGCGCGGCGAUAAACGCGACCUCGGCCAAUAAACAUUGUCUAUCGCGAACCUUCAACUCGCAAUGGAACAAUCUAUAGCAAUCGACGACCUAAAGAAGGCUCGUAGCAGCGCAAAGGCCAACGUAACGCGCAAAGUGAAUCGGAUUUCGGAGUCGAUGCUUUCAAGCGACAGUGUUGACGUUGUCAAGGAAAUGUCAAUAGAAUUACAACAUGCUACAAGCGAAUUUAAGGCUGCUCAUGAGGCAUACAACAAACAAUUAACGAAUGAAGACGAUUUGGAUCAGUCUGCCAGCUAUUUUCAUACCGUGUUAGAACAAGUGCGCGCCAUAGAAACACAAAUGCAAUCGUGGCUCAAACAACAAUGCAUUGACGUAAUCGUACAUCCGGAAGACUCAGCUAGCAACGUGGCAUCGUAUACCUCCUCGCGCGCUAAGUCUAAGACCAGCUCGACAAGAAGCUCAGCAAGCGCGAAAGCAAGAGCGGCAGCCAAGAUAGCAGCGCUUGAAGCUAAAGCUGCGUCUAUCCAAGAAAGGCAAGAGCUCGAACUCGAAGAGCUUAAACUAAAUCAAAGAAAAGCCAAACUCGAACUUAGGACUGAGUUAGUGGUCGCUGAAGCUGAACAAAGAGCCUACGAAGAAAGCGAAAUCGAGGAAAUACGCAGUCGUAACGGCAAAAGUGUUUUGCAUAGUUCGCCACCGGUCCAGCGCAAGUUAAAUCUCACCGACCAACGACUCGAGAAUGCCCCAAAGGUUUCUUCAAGUCCCGAAGCUAAGCCCGCUGCCGUAGACAUGUCUGCACGUCAAACACUCAACCCUGAAGCCCCCGAAUGGCGCGCUGUAACGCCGCAGGGCUACGAACGCUCGUACGUCAACGACCUUUCUCAAUCGGAUAAGUUUCGCGAGGAAUCGUUCCAAGCGCUAAUGACAACGCAAGAACGUCAGAAUGGGGUGCUACAGCAGCUAGUCCAACAGCAACAAGAAAGCGUAAUGGCGCUCACCUUACCACGACCCAGUUUACAGACGUUUAACGGCGAUCCCCUAGGUUACUGCGACUUUGUGCGUGCGUUUGAACAUCUGGUAGAGCGCAAGGCAAACGACCCCAGCGCAAGACUCUACCUUUUAGUGCAGCACACUUCCGGAAGCGUGCAGGAAUUGAUGCGAAGUUGUCUGUCCAUGCAGCCAGAGGAGGGAUAUAGAGAAGCGCGACGCUUGCUUAAGGAGCGAUACGGUCAGAAAUACAAGAUCGCCGCCGCGCACGUACAGAAACUCAUCAACGGGGCCCCCAUCAGAACAGAGGACGGCGAGGAGCUGCAGAGAUUCUCCAUCCAGCUGGUGAGUUGCACCAACACAUUGAAGGAAAUUGGUUACAUAGGGAAACUGGACAAUCCAGAAAACCUAAAGAAAAUCGUCGAUCGCCUGCCGUACCCACUUCGCGCGAAAUGGCGAGACGCGGUGGACCGUAUUGUGGAAAAAGAAGAAAGAGACGUGACAGUCAAGGACCUAACAGAUUUCGUGACGAUGAAGGCCAGAGCAGCCAGCCAUCCUGUGUUCGGUAAACUUGAAAGAGCGUCAGACAAAAUCACCGGCCCAGGAAAUCAACGACCACGCCGUAGUGCCAACGGUUUCGCAACGCAAGGGGGCGAGCAAACCUCGACCGAAGCCAGAGAAAAGUGGUGCCCACUGUGUAAGAUGGCCCACUGGCUGUCACGCUGCGAAAAGUUCCGGAAGCAAUCGUUGGCCGAAAGAAGACAAGUAGUCAGAAACAGCAAACUGUGUCUCAACUGUCUACUGCCAGGACAUUUUGUUAAUGCGUGUCCCAAACCCAGUUACUGCAAGGUGCCAGAAUGUGAAACAAAGCACUCGACGUUUCUGCAUCCGAGGUCCGAGAAGACGCCCGAACACGAUGCUGAUGCAACACCCCCUGUAGACGUAGAAACCAGUCAAGAGAGCGUAGCCAACGGAAACAGUACGCCAGCAGACGAAACCCCUACACAAGCCGAUAGUUUGUACGUUCGAAUGUCGACCAAACCCAACGCGCCAAGAUACGAUUCUGUGACAGCGCUGGCCAUCGUUCCUGUUCGCGUCAAGGCAUCUGGCCAUGGUGCAUCUAAGACGGUGGAAACGUAUGCAUUCUUGGAUUCGGGCUCGAAUACAUCAUUCUGCACCGAAGCCCUGCUCGACCAACUCGACCUUCAAGGCCGCAAGACGAGUCUGUCGCUGACGACGAUACAAGGUAAAAACUCGCUCGUGCAGUGCUCCCAGGUGAGUCUUGAAGUGUCUUCACUGGAUUCAGCAGCACAGCCCGUUAAUAUGCCAGUGGUGUAUUCACGACCAUCUCUACCAAUCUCCCGCGACGCCAUCAGUAACCAGGAAGAUGUAAACCGCUGGCCACAUCUUGAAGGAUUAUCCUUGCCAGAGAUCGACGCCGAAAUCGGCCUGCUUAUCGGAAGCGACGUCCCCGAAGCAAUACAACCAAUGGAAGUACGACAAAGUGAGAGCGGAGGACCUUUCGCGACUCGGACCAUCCUAGGAUGGGUACUCAAUGCCCUCUUGAGCACUGCUCGUCUUGAGCAGCAAUUCCAGGACUAUUGCAACUUGGAGUUCAACGACUCGUCCUACGAUGCCAAACAGUCAAUGUCGCAAAAUGACAAGAGAGCGCUGGAAAUCAUGGAGGAAAGCGUCCAAUUGAAGGAGGGUCAUUACGAAAUCGGGCUGCCAUGGAAGAGUCAUCCGCCGCAACUCAAAAACAACAGACCGGUAGCGGAAAGACGACUAAGUCUUUUGAAGAAGCGUCUUCAACGAGAACCAGAAGUACACGAGAAGUACAAGGGCUUCAUGAACGAUCUUAUCAAGAAUGAUUACGCCAGCAAAGUCGAGAACCGCGAAGUCGACCAGUCAAGCAUUCGGUGGUACCUGCCACAUCACCCCGUGUUCCAUCCUCAGAAACCCGACAAGGUGAGAGUGGUAUUCGACUGCUCAGCCAAAUAUCACCAGACGUCUCUCAACGACCAGCUCUUACAGGGGCCGGACCUUACCAACUCGCUUGUUGGCGUCUUGACAAGAUUUCGCGAGGAGCGCGUGGCUAUGAUGUCGGAUGUCGAGGCCAUGUUCUACCAAGUCCGUGUCCCUUCUGAAGAUCGUAAGGCUCUGAAAUUCCUGUGGUGGCCGGACGGCGACCUGGAUCAACCAGUGCAGGAGUACGAAAUGAACGUACACCUAUUCGGAGGUGCCUCAUCGCCCAGCUGCGCAAACUUUGCCCUGCGGAGAACCGCCCAAGAUAACAAGGCCGAAUUCGACCCAGAAACAACCGAAACUGUCGAAAGAAAUUUCUACGUUGAUGACUGCUUGAAGUCCAUUCCAACAGAUCCGGAAGCGGUGAGAUUGGCAAACCAACUGCGGGAAUUGUUGGCAAGGGGAGGAUUCAGAUUAACGAAGUGGACGUCCAACUCUAAAGCCGUGCUGGAGUCAUUACCAGAAUCAGAAAGAUCGGAGCAAGUCAAGGACAUGAACUUGGACAAAUCUCCUAUUCAGAGAGCCCUGGGUGUUCGCUGGAACGUAUCAUCAGACAAAUUCGGUUUCAGUAUUGUAGUGAAAGACCGUCCCGCAACCAGACGAGGCAUUUUGUCGGUGGUCAGUUCCGUUUUCGAUCCGCUGGGAUUUGUCGCUCCGUUUGUCCUUAAGGCGAAACAAAUCCUGCAGGACUUAUGCCGCUUGAAGCUCCGUUGGGACGACCCAAUCCCGGACGAACACCUGGCCCGCUGGCAAUCGUGGUUGAAGGAACUGCCGAAGCUCGAGGAUGUGCAAAUAGAUCGGUGUCUCAAGCCUACCAAUGACGCCAAGAUCAGUUCGUUCCAACUGCAUCAUUUCUCUGAUGCGUCGCAAGAUGGCUAUGGAGCCGCCACCUACCUACGUGUAGAAGAUGAAGCCGGCAAUAUCAAGUGUUCGUUUGUAAUGGGGAAGUCCCGUUUAGCGCCAAUCAAACAAGUUACGAUACCUCGUCUGGAGCUUUCAGCAGCUGUUACAGCCACGAGACUGGAGAAGAUCUGUCGGGGAGAACUCACGCUCGAAGUGAACGACACGUUCUUCUGGACCGACAGCACGUGUGUCCUACGCUACCUACAGAACAAAGAUAAACGAUUUCAGACCUUCGUUUCCAAUAGAAUUUCUACGAUACUUGAUGCAUCUUCUACUUUCCAGUGGCAUUACGUCAACACCCUUGCCAAUCCAGCCGACGACGCAUCUCGUGGCGUGCCAGCGACACAACUCCAGCGAUGGAUACAGGGGCCGGAUUUCCUGAGCAAGCCAAGGGCCGCUUGGCCACAGCCACCCAGUGAUCUGAGCUUGGUCAUUGGAGACAACGACCCCGAGGUCAAGCGACAAUCCGCCACGUACACGAACAAAAUUUCUAAUCUACAUCCACUUGCAGAGUUAGUCAAGCAUUUCUCUUCUUGGAGUCGGCUGAAAAAGGUCCUAGCGCUGGUUUUGCGCUACCAGGCGAUCCUGAAACGUCGCGUCAUCCAGAAGAAGUUAAAUCCUGCUGAAGCGAUCGGGUUUUCAACGUCCAUCACGCCUAUUUCCGUGUCCGAAAUGGUCAACGCUGAGAAGGAAAUAAUUCGACAUGUGCAGCAAGAAUGUUUCAGCGAAGAACGAGAAUGCCUAGAAAGAAUAAACCAAAGUAGCGAUAAAGAUCGCAAGAACGUAACGGUUAAGAAAUCGAGCCGCGUGUUCCAGCUGGAUCCAGUAUUAAAGAAUGGGUUGGUACGUGUCGGCGGAAGACUGCGGAGAGCACCAAUAAACGACAACGCUAAACACCCUAUCAUCCUCCCGAAAGACCACCAUGUUAUUGGACUCCUUGUAAACCAUUACCACCACAUCGCGGGUCAUUCCGGCGUCGAGCACACGCUUUCCCUCAUCAGAGAAAGGUAUUGGAUCGUAGACGGAAGAUCAGCCGUGAAGAAGGUCAUCGGCAAGUGCCUCAGCUGUAAGAAACGUCAGUCAACAGUAUGCAAUCAAAAGAUGGCCGACCUGCCAGAAGACCGGGUAACGCCCUCGCUGCCACCGUUUACGUAUACAGGCGUCGACUGCUUCGGACCGUUCGAAGUAAAACGUGCGAGAAGUCGUGUCAAGCGGUACGGAGUGCUCUUCACUUGUAUGACAACACGAGCGAUCCAUCUAGAAGUGGCCCACACGUUGGACACCGACUCUUUCAUUGAUGCUCUCCGACGAUUCGUGGCAAGGCGAGGUCAACCUAUGGAGAUCCGCUCGGACAACGGAGGAAACUUCGUCAAGGGUGAACGAGUGCUAAGACAAGCCAUUGACGAAUGGAAUCAAGAACAGAUCCACGACUUCCUGCUUCAACGAAACAAGUGGACCUUCAACCCACCCGCUGGAUCUCACUUUGGUGGAGUGUGGGAGAGGUGCAUAAGAACCGUAAGGAAGGUCAUGAAGGCGCUGAUGACGGAACAAGUGCUUCACGACGAGAGCCUCAACACGUUGUUCUGCGAGGUAGAGUCCGUGGUGAACAGCAGACCGAUCACGAAGCUGUCAGAUGAUCCACGGGACGAAGAACCACUCACCCCAAACCACUUGCUUCUAUUACGUCACCAACCCGCCCUUCCACCCGGUGUUUUUGGAAAGGAAGAAAUCAGAACCGAAGGAGAUGGCGUCAAGUGCAAUAUCUGUGCAACCUGUUCUGGAGACGUUGGGUAA